AUGGCACGAAGACCGUCUCGACAGCAAGCAUCACCUAGAACACGAUCACGGAAUUAUACUCUUGCGAAUGCUCCCUCACCAGUGAUUAAAAUUCGAACACACGAUAUGCUGAAUCCUCAAGAAAGACGUUUUUUGGAGGCUGCUGAAAUGGGCGAUCGACCCACACUAGCAUCGUGUCUUGAACAGAAGAACAUUCUACCGCUGAACGUGAAUGCCGUAGAUUGCAUGGGACGAACGGCCAUCGAGAUCGCUGUUGACAAUGAGAAUAAUGAAAUUGUCGAGCUUUUAUUGCAACAGCCGAAUAUUCGCAUCGGUAAUGCCCUACUCUGUGCCAUUCGAGAAGGUGUCUAUAGAACUGUAGAAAUGCUCAUCAAUCAUCCCAGUAUAACGAAAGACAUGCUCGGAGAAGGCUGGGCACAGUAUAUUGAGACCACAGAAGCAGCAUCAAACGAGUAUUCUAGCGACAUAUCACCGGUGAUUUUGGCUGCUCAUUUGAAUCAGUUCGAAAUUCUUCAAAUGCUGCUGAGUAAAGAUGCAACAAUUGAAAAACCUCAUAAACAUUGGUGUAUAUGUGCGGUUUGUGAUCGUGAACGUAACAGUGAUUCGCUGCAUCAUUCCCUCAAACGUAUCAACACCUACAUGGCACUCGCUAGUCCUGCUUGGAUGAGUUUAACAAGUCCCGAUCCAAUUUUGAGCGCCUUCAAAUUGAGCUGGGAGCUGCAGAAACUUGCAACGAUCGAGCAUGAGUUUAUGGAUCGUUAUGUACAGCUUUCUGAGCAAUGUACGCAAUUUGCGUGCGAUUUAUUGGAGCAGUGUCGUAGCACAGAAGAAGUGAUUGCCGUUUUGAAUAAAGAGCAAUCAUCAAGUGAUGAAAACGUCAACGUUUGGGCUUCGAAACUGAGUCUAUCAAGACUGAAACUCGCCAUCAAAUAUGAUCAAAAAAGGGUUGAUUUUCAGUUUGUUUCACAUCCUCACUGUCAACAACUGCUGACUUCAAUAUGGUAUGAAGGCUUUCCAGGAAGAAAACAACGAGGGUCAUGGUGGAAUCACGUUAUCUGUGUCUUCCUGAUACUUCUUUGGCCUGUUCUGCCUCUCUGUUAUAUAUUGGUGCCAAAAAGUCGCAUUGGUCGAAUUGUUCGUUCACCGUUCAUGAAAUUUUUGUACUAUUCGAUUUCGUUCGGAUGCUUCUUGAUUUUGUUAACGCUGGCAACAUUUGAGUCGUACCGCUAUGAGAAAGGAGACAUAAAGGGUGGUGGUAAGACAAGAGCAUCGGACAGAGGUCCACCUCCGACAUUAAUCGAAACAUUGGUCCUCAUCUGGGUACUUGGUAUGUUCUUCCGGAGUGUUUCCUUCACUAAAUGUGCUUUACUUAUUGUCCUUAUAUUUUCAUCAAAUUGA